AUGGACACUUCUGAUAGAGUGCAGACCGCAGACAGGAAAGAGCCCUCCAUCAACAUUGAUGUCGAGAAUAACAAAACCGCAGACAUCUCCAGCAAAGCGUACGACAAUGAGACGUACAGCCCAGAAGAAGCCAAACGACUCAGAUGGAAACUCGAUCUACGCCUGAUCCCCAUUCUGGGAUUCAACAUCAUCCUCGCUGCGACUGACAAAGCCUGUACAUCCACUGGUGCACUGUAUGGCAUGAGAGAAGACACACAUUCGACGGGCAACAGAUACUCCUGGGUCGGCAGUGCCUUCUACUUUGGCUACCUUCUCUGGUCUCUUCCAGCCGGAAGUCUUCUUCAGAAACUGCCAAUUGCCAAGUUCAUUUCCGUUAUGUUCUUUGGCUUUGGGGUCGUUCUUAUCGCCACUGCCUGGGUGCGCAGCUUUCCGGUGUUCAUCUUCUUGCGUGUCCUGCUUGGUGCAAUGGAGGCCCCUAUCAUCCCUGGCGGCUACCUCAUUCUGAGCAUGUGGUAUACGCGGCAUGAGCAGUCGUUGAGAACGGGCUUCAUGUACACGAAUUGGUCGACAAUCAUCCUCAUUGGUCCGAUUGGAUAUGCUGUCGGCAGCAUUGCUGGUGGUCACCAAUGGCGUUGGUGGUUCAUCAUUCUCGGGUCUAUCUCAAUCGUUUGGUCCUGUGUCAUCGGACUCUUCCUUCCCGAUAACGUUGUACGUGCCAAGUUCAUUGGCGAGAGAGAAAAAGCGAUUGCUGUCGAACGAGUUCGAGGGGAUCAGCUUGGUAUGGAGAACAAGACGUUCAAAAGGGAGCAAGUGGUGGAGGCGCUACUUGACCCAAAGACUUGGCUCAUGUUCUUCUUCAACAUUUUCGUGAGCAUACCGAAUGGGGGAUUGACGAACUUCCAGUCUCUCAUCAUCAAAGGUCUUGGAUUUAGCUCUCGCAAGGCGGUCUUAUUGGGCAUGCCAGAGGGCGUAGUCGGCACCAUAUCGACAUACAGCUGCAGUCUCGCAGUGUGCUAUCUCACCAAACGCUGGCCUAACAAGCAGUCCCGAGUCGCCGUAAUCGUCAUCGGCGAGCUCAUUGGCAUGAUAGCGUCCAUCUUCCUGUACACGCUCCCACUUACUGAGGUUGGUGGCCGCUUGGCAUGCCUGUGGCUUGCGAAGUUCUUCCUAGGACCGUACAUCAUCAGCUUGUCGCUCAACGUCGCCAACAUCUCCGGGCAUACGAAGAAAAUUACGGUGCAAGCUCUGAUCUUCAUCGCUUACUGCGCAUCCAACAUCAUCGCUCCGCAGUUCUUCAUCGACUCGCGGGCUCCGCUGUACCCACUCGGCAUGGGUGCUAUCUUGGGGGCAUAUGUCCUGGCCAUCAUCACGAUCAUCCUCUAUGCAAUCUACUGCUUCUACGAGAAUCAAAGGCGAGACAGAAUCGACAGCACGAGAGGCGAGCGGGUACAUGUGGACACUGAUUUCAAAGAUCUUACAGAUAAGGAAAAUAUUCAUUUUAGAUACGUGUGGUAA